UAACGUCUUGAAUUUUGAAAACAAACGUUCAAGACUCGUUAGAUUUCGGAUUCAUGUUGGUGGUUAUUUUAGAAUUAUUGAGUUUUAUUAGUGAUUUGUAAUACGGACACAAUUUAAACAUUUAUUGUGAACUUAUGUGUGUUUAAUUAAAAGAAAAACAGUGAGAACUCAAGGCAAAAUGAUUACGUUAACCGAAGAUGUCAACAAGCUAUUCAAUGAAGUCCUCGUGGAGAUAUCUCAGAAUGUCCGCUCAAUGAUGGAAGAGCUCUGGCUGAACUGGUCACAUCUCGGCGUUGAUGACAACACCAAAGUGAACAACAUCACAAAACUGGUGCAGAUCGAGAAGGAACUCCAUAGAGACGUGAUCUCCGAGACCAGACAGAAGCUCAAAACUAUGCAAGGACAAGUUGACAAACUAAAAGAGGAGACAGAAGAAUUGAGCAGAUGUUUAUCUGUUGAUAUCACCAUCCUGGACUUCAAGGAAGACAUGAUGCUGGUGGAAUACAAGAGGGAACUGGAGGAACAGAUUGCAGGAUAUAGAGAACAAGUGGAACAACGUCGUAUGAAGAUGGAGAGGCUGUUGGAAUGGCAGCGGGACUUGGCUGAUAAGCUUGGAGUCACCAUCCAGGAGUUGCAGGAGGUCCCACUUCCCGCUGAGGAGGAGCUGGACAAGCUGAAGGAACAUUUGGAAAUGCUUCAAGCUGAACGGGAUAAGAGGGCAGAGAUCUUCUUGAAUAUUCAAGUAGAGAUUAAGGAUAUUAUGGACAAACUCCGCAUCAAACCACAGAACAAGUUUGAACAUAUUGUGACAUCAUCUCUGUCUGUGGACUUCAAAGUGACUGACCUGAACAUGGACCGGCUCGCCAAGCUUCAGCAAGACUUGCAAGAGAAAUAUGAACAGACUAAUAACAGGGUAUUGGAGCUUCGUGAGCGUCUCACAAAACUCUGGGAAUGUCUCGAUGAAGAUCAGAUUUACCGAGAAAACUUCUUGCACGCACACCCUGGCUGCCACCCGCAGACUGAAGCCGCCAUCAAAGAUGAGAUCAAACGCUGCGACCAAAUCAAACGGCAGAAGAUUCAGGUGUUCGUGGCGAAUGUCCGCACAAAGAUAAAGUUGAUGUGGGACAGUGUGAUGUAUUCGAGCCGCGAACGUGAGGAGUUCGUGCAUUACUACCAAGACAUCUUCACUGAAGACACGUUGACUUUACACGAGCUUUAUCUGGAGAAGAUCACCAAGUAUUAUAAUGAUCACAAGCACAUCUUUGAGCUGGUGGUCACACGUAAGAACCUUUGGCUGAAGAUGACGGAGCUCGAGGCUCGAGCUACGGAGCCAGGUCGUUAUCACAACCGAGGAGGGCAACUGCUGCGCGAAGAGAAAGAGAGGAAGGCCAUUGCCAGUAAUUUACCGAAGAUUGAGGCACAAAUCCGUGAACUGGUGUCUGAUUAUGAAGCUAAGACUGGUAACAUCUUCACUGUCGAUGGCAAGCCUCUUCUGCAGCUCAUGGAAGACGAAUGGGAGACGAGGAAGGCUGAGCGUCACAACAAGCUGUCAGCUCGCAAGCAGGCGCUGACGCCGACGACGCCAUUAUUCCGGUCGUUGGCCACAUCGCCGCUCGGGAAACGGAAUAGGACCGCCGCGGGACUCGCUGCUACUGCUGAAAGGAACAGGCCGCCGUCCAAGCGACAGUUGAUCACGGGCAGUGCUACCAAGGCGGUGACUACCUUCACCAACAACCUUUCGGCGCUCAAGAGAUCUGCUAUCACUACUGUUAAGAGAAAACUGUUGAAGGCAAGUCCUCCGCUAACGUCGGUCACCGGUGACUCUUUGCGUAUCAGCGGUCGUUUGGCGGCUAGGGCUGUCGCGGAGGGCAAGGAUGCUAAGAGGAAGCUGGACUACGGAGGGGAGCUGAGGAAGACACCUAAAGUCAACGGCAGCAUUCUCAAACAUAAGCGCACGUCGCACGGUAAGCGUCACAGCUCCAGUCGUCGUUCGAUCAAUGCGACGCGCUCGACUGGCUCUCAGGAGGAGGAGAGGGUCGCCAACAAGGAUCCUCUCAUGGAAACCACACUCCUGACUACUUAUACAGACUUUAAGGACGGAAUCAACGAAAAACAGAUCAGCCGCAGUUCCAUGGCAAACCAGAGACCGAACGAGCCUAUCCUACCAACCAUCGUCUACCAUACAAUCGACGAAAAAAACGGCACACCAAAAAAGACUCCCAGAGUCAAAACCCCUUUGACGCCUAAAGUAGGCAAGGAGAACAUUCAACAUGUGAACGUAGCUACUCCUAAGAGUAAUUUGUUGUAUACGCCGACUAGGUUAACUAGGUCCGCUCUCAAGCUUAACAACGAUGGCUUCGCAACUCCCCGGGCUCCCCUCAGCGCAAACAAAGUCAACCUUCAAAGACAGAACACGGUCGCUAGUUUAACGGUCAAAACUACCCCCAACAACGUUAGCAGGUCUAAGUCCCACUCGCAUUUAGUACGAGCCAAAAAUCUCCCGCCUCUUAUCUAAGCACCUUAGACUGAGUACAUUAUUUAGAUCUUGAUGUAAAUGUUUGGUUUGUUUUUUUUUUAAUAUUUUAUUAAUUUUUCGCAUUUAUAUCAAGGUGUAUGCAUUGUGCCUUACAAUAGUACCCGAGAUGUUCACUUGUAAUUAUAAAUUUAUCCAGAUUUUUUAAUGCAAUUUUUAUUAUUGUGUGUUGUCCGUGGUUUGACUCAAGUUUUAUGACGUAUUGAAUGCUUGUUUUCACAUUGAUAAUAUAGUGUUUUCUUUAUAUCCUUGUAUAUUUGAAUCUCUUAUAAUUAUGUGCUGAUUCACAUUCAAUUUUAAGGAGUUGAUUAUGUUUAUAGAUGUGAUUGAUAGAUAGUAUUUUAAAUGAUAGUUUUAUAAGUUACUUUCAGUUCUUACAAGAGUUAUUUUAGUUUUGUCUUCAAUUGGAAUAAUUUUGUUUUAGAGUAGUUUUAGUCUUUUACUAACACUUGGCACAUUUUGUUAGACAAUAUUUCUUGAUAAUUCUUAUGAACAGGACAUCGAACAUUGAUAUAAUUAAGUAUUUUGCAUAUGUAGGAACUGCGUGAAACAUGUUAAUAUGGCUGGCAGCUUUAAUUUUUUAAAAGGUCGACAGAAAGAGGUUCUAACACCAAGACAGUGUACUUAAUUUCGAUCAGUAUUUCAUGAUGGGUUCGCAAAAAGGCCAUUUCUCAUGCUAACAUUAAUAUAAAAUUAUUACUAAUUAAUAUGCGUCGCUUAUUUAACUAAUGUAUAAUUAUUAAUAAUUUUAAAAAUGUAAAUUAUGGUUGUAAUAUAUUGCAUAGUUUAAAACGA